AUGUACCGACCUGGCUUCUUGGACGAUCCUAUGGAGGGUGUGAUGGGCGGCAUGAUGCGCCCAGGUGGUGCAGCUCGUCGCUUCGAUGAGUACUACCGCUGCUACCCCGUUGCAAUGCUGCCAGGGCCCGAGAGAGAGAAUGUGAACCAUGGCGGCAAGGUCAUUAUGCCGCCUAGCGCACUGGAUAAGCUUACACGCCUUCACAUCACCUACCCGAUGCUUUUCGAGCUGCACAACGGUGCCAAGGAGAGAAUGACACACGCGGGCGUGCUGGAAUUUAUCGCUGAGGAGGGCAAGAUCUAUCUUCCAUUCUGGCUCAUGCAAACGCUUCUUUUAGAACCUGGUGAUCUUCUCCAGAUCAAGUCAACUGAUCUUCCUCCCGGUCAAUUCAUUAAAUUGCAAGCGCAAUCGACCUCUUUUCUUGACAUUAGCGACCCCAAGGCUGUCCUUGAAAACGCCUUCCGGAACUUCUCGUGCCUCAGCAAGGGCGACGUCUUCACAUUCGCAUAUAACGACCAAGUCUACGAAAUGGCGGUUCUCGAGACAAAACCUUCGGGGGCCAAGAGUGCGGUGUCCGUCCUGGAAACCGACUUGGAGGUUGAUUUUGCCCCUCCGGUUGGAUAUGAAGAGUCUCAACGCACCAGUGGUACUAGCACGCCUGGAAGUGUCGUCAGCGGGGGGAAGCUCCCGGCAGGCGGAUUGCUUCAUCCUCACGGUACAAUGGCACAGUCUAUCAACUAUUCCGCCAUUGCGCCCGAGGCGACUGAUGCAGCAGCUGGUGCCCGGGCCGUGUCCUCCAACUUUUUGUCAGGAGGCCAACGCCUCAACGCAAAGAAGGGAAGCAAGGCACCUACUCCGCAAGCUUCUACUCCUACCCCGGGAGCCACAAACCCCCAGCAUCCCCCGCCUAUCCGUAAGACCAAUGGCCCGCAACCUUUGCGUCUUCCUCCCAAUCAACUCUUCUUUGGAUAUGCCAUCAAACCGGCCAAGCCCCGCGACGAGAACGGCCAACUCAUCCAAGAGAACCAGCCCAAGUUCCAGGGAAUCGGUCAAACACUGCGGGGGAAGAAGAAGGAUGUGGGCGGGUCAGCAACUCCCACAUCAGGAAGCGAAGCCGAUAGCCAAAAGGGCAAGAGCAGCGCUAGUGGGCGGACUCUAGGAAAGCGCUGA